CGAAUCUCUGGGAAAAUAGAAAGGCAGGCCACUGCACGGUCUCGCUCCAUGCGUCGUGCAACUCUCCUGGCACGCACUGUUCCUGCGCAUUGACACUUCCAACCUCUUGCCUCGUGCAUGCACAGUUCGCCGUCUGCUCAUCUCGCGAGAGUCCGCGCUGUGAGCGGGGUAGACACGACCCUUCAGCCUCGUCUCUCGAUCUUCAACCCGCAGUGCAGCUGUCGAGAAAGAGAUAUCCGCACAUCUUUGAUACGGAAGUGGCUCAUUCUUUGACUUUUUGAGCAAGCGAAACUACAUUGGGUGCCAAAGCUCAGUCCUGGCAGGAACCACUCACUCGGCGCGGAUCAGUCUCUCAAUCUCUCCAGAUUGCAUCAUCCGACAUGUCGCGAGACAUGUUCCCAGGCGCUUUGGCUCACCCACAACCACGCCAACUACCCUUUGACAUUGAUAAUACCUCUGCAAUAUAUCUCCCUCCCCCAGCUCCUACACGAGGCCAUCAACGAUCGCGAACUUCCGCAGAAUUACCACCACUGCUCGCUCGGACCCAAACACCUUCACCCACUAGGUCCUCCGCCUUCUUGCCUUUCAUCCGCCCACAAAGCAUACGUUCGGUAUCCCCGGAGAGGGUCUCGGUUGCAGAAAGCGCUGUUUCAGCCGAAGAGCCGGUCACAAAGAGGAGGCCGACCGGCGCGGUUGAAAGACUAGCGAGUUGGUUUGAAGGGUCGUCCGAGCCGGUCAACAUAACACUGGUUCCUUCUCCGCGAAAGGAGAGAUCAGAUCCUAUUUCUGAGGUCGGAAACAUGGAGAACAUCUUCUCUGGGAUGCACAGUACAAGAGACAAUCUCACCCAGCGACCGAACGCGAAACCUACGAAUGCAAGCACGUCUCGAUUCAGUUUCUUCCGCAAAUCCACCGUUUCCCUGCCUCACGAGAUCCCCGACGAAGAUGAAUUGGCACAUCUCGAUAUCGAAGGGGCACUUUUCCCACAUGGACCUCCAGGUGAAUUCUCACCGGCCGCCUUCAAGAAUCUUCAACAGAAUGCUGAAGGGACCUUGCGUCGAUUUCAGCAAGCACAUAUCGAUCAAAAGGCAUCUCUCAAGCAAGUAACCUCAACUAAGAACGUGCAAGUGGAUGAACUCGAGGCCGCACAGACGAGAAACGAGCAUUUGAAAUUGCAAUUACAAGAGAUGGCUGAAAGAGCGACGCAACAGGAGAGAACGAUCACUGAUUUGAGAGCACAGUUAGCAGCACAAAGGACGUCUCUCGAAACAUAUCAGUCACAGCAACGCAGUAUCAGAAUGGUGUCAGAGGAUGGUACUGUCGAAGCAGACUCCACGCCUCGGUCGAGGUACCGCAGGAAACGGUCAUCCGACAUCUCGACAUCUGGUGAAUCCGAGCUGGGAUCAGACGUGAGUUCCGUUAUCAGUGUCUUUUCAGAGCCACUGUCAGCAGCACCCUCACAGACUACCUCGCUAGCAAGCCCUGUCCUGAAGACUACUACACUGGCAUUCCGGGAAGCAUGUCCGAAUUGUCACGGAACGAACACUACAGAAGCCUGGGAUGUCGUCAACGUGAUGAGGCUGGAAUCGACCGCCUUGAAGCAGCGGAUAGCGCAGCUGGAGAGCGCACAGGAUGAUGCACUUGAUUUCUUGAGUGGUCUGAAAUUGUCGUAAUCGGACGACAGUGGACGACGUGACUUGCAUGCCAUUUACACCUUCCUGAACUGAAAGAAGAUACCCUCUUUGCAUGUCUAACAUAGAUCACACACUAUGACUUUGUCCGAAGCAUUGUACUGAGUACACUAGCUAGACAGAAAAUAUGUCUUUGCUUCUUCCUCG